CCAAAAUGAAACUCCAUCGAUCGCCCCAUGCACUUCUUUAUCUCCCUCGCCGUCGAUGGCAUUGGCCCGUCGUCUGCGCAUGGCAGUCCCAGUCCGCCAGCCCGAUCAGGAACGCAGCCGCCCGAGCUCCGCGUGGGGUGUUGGACCCAGAUCAGACCGGGUCAGACCAGAUCAGAUCCUGCAUUGCGUUGGCCCAAUCGCAUCCGCACACCAGCUAUCCACAUCUGUUCCCGCCAGCAUCAUGUCCUCCUGGUUCUCCUUCGGAAGCAGCAACAGCAGCAGGCCAACCACAAGCUCCAGCCCGAGCAACGACCCAUCCGGCGACUAUGCGGCCAAUCUCAUGAACCAGAUGAACCAGGCUGCUGAGGACGUUCUGUCGGCCUCCAGCACCCCCGCGAGCAGCCAGAGUGAGGACAAAGAGGCUCUGAAGGCCGCCAUACGACAGGAAAAGGCAGCUCUCGACCAGCUCAUCCGCGACAAGAAAGCCGACGACAAGUUCAUUGACCAGGGCGCCCAGGCCAACUGUGCCGAUCUCCAGCAUGAGUUCCUCAAGUGCCUGAAGCACAACAAGAGCUUCACCAACGUCACCCCGUGCGAGCUGCAGCAGAAUCUGUUCAGACAGUGCGUGCAGACACAAAAGCUCCACCUCGGAAAGCUCGGAUACUCAUCGCGGCUCGCGAGGCACGAGCAGGAGCGCAUUCUCGAUGAAGCAGAUCGGCUGGGACUGAGCGAUGCUGCUGCUGCCAAGGAAUCCGAUCGACGGCCAUAGGCGCAAUCGGCGAGGAUGCUUCCGAAUUGUUCCUUGGACACACGCCAUAGAGGUGGCGCUCGGGUCCCGUUGGAGCAAAGCCAAAUGCUGUCCGUUGGCUGUGGGGGCACAUGGGGGGAGUGUGGCCAAUUGAUCUGGCUGCCGGCUUCUCAGCAACGAUCAGCAAUCCCCUAUCUGGCGCUUGCACCUCGGCGCCGAUGGAGGUGCACUGCAAUCCACCUCGGCCGCUGUCGACUGCAUCCCGAGUUCGGAGCAGGGACACCGAAACGGCCUCCACCGGGACGACCGAGCGCCCAACGGAACAGCGUUCU